AUUAUACUCUACCACGAAAGAAAAAACACCAAUACAUUACUCCAUUCAGUGUUUUGUUUAAACCAAGAACAACCUAGUGACUUAACCAUUGAUAUCUUUUCAAGAUGGGUGCUGUUGUGUCCUGUAUCCAAAGCGUCUUCCAUGCCAUCGGUGCCUGUCUCAUGGGUAUCGUCAAUACGAUCGGCGCGGUCUGCAAAGCGAUUAUCGACGGCGUCGUCACCCUCUUUGAUGUGAUCAUCUCCUGCCUGACUUGCGGCUACUGUGGACGAAGGAGGAGAGGAACAACGCGAACACGGCGGUCCAGAAUCUAAAAUUGUGAAUCGCGGCGCGCUAUGAGUUACGAUGGAUACGCUUGAUGUUUCGUCUUUGGUUUCUAUCAGCUUUUGUGUUUUCAGUUCUAUUCCCCAAAUGUGUAUUAUAGCAAUGGAUUUUAUUAAUAGAAGUGCAUGCUGAUUAAAGAUGU